ACACGUGUGUUGUAAGCAAAAAUGAAAAACAGUACCUCAGCGUCAUCUAUUUAUUUCAACGUUGCGGAGUACGGGCUGUUUGGUAUAAUUUUGGGUGGAAUCGUCUCGAUUAUUAUAGGUAUAUUUUAAUUUUGUUAAUAGAAAAAAUAAGACAGUGGCUGGAUUUCUUUUUGGCGGUAAAAAUAUGUCAAUAUUUUCCGUUUCGUUGGCCCUUAUUGCAAGCCAUCUGACAAGUAUCACAUUGCUCGGAGUACCAGUAGAGAUAUACUUGAGAGGCACACAAUACUGGGCAUCGGCGCUGUCCCUUAUCUUAGUGACUAUCCUAACAGCUGUGAUAUAUUUACCAGUUUUCCACCGACUGCAGUUAUCAUCAAGUUUCGAAUACUUAGAAAUAAGAUUCUCAACGCACACGCGCACCAUCGCCGCAGUCUUGUUCGUCGUCAGCAAGCUAAUGCUUUUGCCAAUAGUGCCGUAUGUUCCGAUGUUGGCGUUCAGAUUAGUUACAGACCCUCUCGCAGGUCGCGCAACCGCCGUGAUAUGCGUCCUCUGUGCAACGUUUACAGCGGUUGGCGGUCUUCAAGCUAUAGUCAGCAUUGGAAUGUUGACGGUCUUCUUAUCAUUAGCUGGUACAGCGUUACCAACUGGGCUGGCACUGCUGCCGAUGGGGAUAAAGAGAAUGUGGGAGAUCGCGAGUCAUGGUGACCGAUUGGUGUUGUACGAUCCUGACCCUGAACUGGCGCACCACACAUCAUUCCUUACCGUAACUAUAGCCCUAAGCACAAACUGGCUCUGGAAGGUGGCCCUCAGUCAGUCCUCUCUCCAGAAGCUCCAGGCAGUACCAUCGAUAACAAAAGCCAGGAUUUGUCUAGCGAUCUCCUGCUUGGGAGUCAUUUUGAUGAAACUACUGUCGUGUCUGCUUGGGCUGGCUUUGUAUGCCUGGUUUGCUGGCUGUGAUCCAUUAUUGUCGGGGCAGAUUAAGAAACAUGAACAGCUGGUACCGCAAUUUUUACACAGCUUGUCAAGCAUGUUCCCUGGCAUAUGUGGUAUUUUCAUCAUCGCUAUUUUCAGCGCCACUACUGGGUGUAUUGCCUCUAUAAUAAAUUCAGUAUCGGGGGUCCUUUUUGAAGAGUUCAUUAGACCUUGGAUGCCACAGAGCACGAGUGAACCUGCCUGCUGUAAAAUUAUGAAGCUCCUCUGCGUUUUAGUAGGGGCGUACUGCGCAGGCGUGGUAUGGUUUGCACGAGAGCUGGACCGACUGCAGCACGUAGCUUUCGGAGUAACAGGUGUCACGGCUGGCACUCUGUUGGGACUGUUCACUCUGGGAAUUGUCUUCUCUAGAGCUAAUUGUUCAGGGGCGCUAAGCGGCUGCCUGCUGAGCCUUCUACUUUGUGGUUGGCUUCUCAUAGGGGCAGAAAAUGCCCUCGCCUCGGGGGCAUUGACCUUUCAGGGAAAACAUCUAGCCACGACGGGGUGCGGAAAAGCCAACUUUACCCAUGCGCUGGUUAAUCUUACCAGUGCCUUGCCAAGUGCCGCAAACCAAAUACCUACAAAACCGCUCCAGUCACUCUUUAAAAUCUCAUUCACCUACUGUCCAUUCGCUGGUGUUAUGUCAGUCCUCCUGAUCGGAGUCCCAAUGAGCUACCUGACGGGAAAAUCAAGAACCCAAUCUAUAAACCCCGAUGUCUUCUGCCCACUCACACAAAGUUUCUUACAUAAAUCGCAGUUAAGGAGUCCAACGGAAUCUUUAGAAGUCAGACCACCAGAUACUCAAGAAGUGUAUGAAGCGCUAGACGAGGCAUUAAAACAAUUGAAAGAAGUUGUUGAUCGGUAAAAAAUUGAACUUUGAAGAGUUGGAGAAGCUGGAAAAUUUGUUUCACUACAGGUCGAGUUUGAUCUGUAACUAUUUCGGCCGAGCUUAGAACUUUUUAGUGCAUCUGGAAGGAGUGAUAUUAAAGUUUUCAAAUAA